AUGUCUGGCUCUCCCGACCCUAGCACCCAGAGCAGGCUCCAAGCAUCUGCACAGAAGCUCAAACCCCUCCCUAUUGCCCAGGACCCGCACCGCACGAUGAUGCAAGGCUCCGACAUGUCCCUGACCCGCAUCAAAGCGGCCAGCGAGGCCCGAUUAGCAGAGGAGACGCGGACGCAGCAACGGCAGCGGAACUUGAUGGUGCUUAUACUGGAUCAUCUGGAGGUGCAUGGGUAUAUGGAGACGGUCGAGAAACUACAAGCGGAAUCAAACGUCUCCCUCCGCAAAGUGCAGGUGGCGGAUAACGUCGAUCUGCUGCAUGUGUUGCAGGUGCCGUUGCGUUUUGCCAUCGAGUAUGAGAAUUACUACAACAUCAAAUUCGGCAAACCGCCCAAACUGACCCGCAGUGCGGCUGGGAAGGACGAAGGAACAGCGAAACCAAAACGCCGCACGCCCCGCUCCCAACCCGACCUCACCCGCACCGACGACACACCGGUGGAGCAGUACCACCCCUCUCUCGCGAAAGUGACGCGCGGACCACGGGCGGCGAUUUCGAGGGCUGUUGAGGGGGAUGGAGGUGGUAGGGCGAAGGCGAAGCGACCCACGUCGGCGGGGCGGAAAGAGGAUGCCGAGGGAGGUGGUGAGGGGUGGAGUGGGAUUGUAGGGACCAAGGUCUCUGAGAAGCCUGUUGCAGUAGCCCUAGAUGAGCCACCCAACCCCACCCCCGAGAUGCCCACCCACCCCCGCCUCCUCAAACCCCUCCCCCACCUCUACACCCACCCGGACCUCUCCGCCCUCGCCGCCACCAUCUCCCGCGACAUCUUCACCACCAACCCCUCGAUCCCUUUCACCGCCAUCGCCGGGCUCGCCCGGUCCAAGCGGCUGCUCAAGGAAGCCGUGGUGUACCCGUUGAAAUUCCCGCAGCUGUUUAGCGGGAUCUUGACGCCGUGGAAGGGGAUCUUGCUGUAUGGCCCGCCGGGGACGGGGAAGACGAUGUUGGCGAAGGCGGUUGCGACCGAAUGUGAGACUACCUUUUUCAACGUUAGUGCCAGUAGUAUUGUUAGCAAGUGGAGAGGCGACUCGGAAAAGCUGGUCCGGGUCCUGUUCGAACUGGCGCGGUAUCAUGCGCCGAGCACCAUCUUCCUCGACGAGUUGGAGUCGAUCAUGUCCCACCGCACCUCCGACGGCGCCGAACACGAAGGCAGUCGACGGAUGAAGACCGAGUUGUUGAUACAGAUGGACGGCCUCUCCAAAACCAACGAGCACGUCUUCCUCCUCGCCGCGUCCAAUCUGCCGUGGGACCUCGAUAUGGCUAUGUUGAGGCGGUUGGAGAAGCGGAUUCUGAUAGAUGUCCCCGACGCACCGGCGCGAACUGCAAUGUUUCGCAACAAUCUGCCUGCGUGCGCGUCUGAAGCGGCGGUUAGCGCACCAGGGGCGGAUGCGUUCUCGGCGUCGUUACCGGUGGGCAAGUUGGAUUACGAUAGGUUGGCGGCGUUGACCGAAGGGUAUUCUGGGUCGGACAUCAAACUGGUGUGCAAGGAAGCGGCGAUGCGGCCGAUUCGGAAAUUCUUUGAUGCGUUGGAUGCUAUGGACGGUGACCUAGGCGGUGGGAUCGAUAGGGAGGCCGCUGAUGCAGGUGGAUUGCAAAGAGACCCGGUUGAACAAGCGGAUGUUGAGGCGGCGAUAGGGAGCACGCGGCCGUCAUCGAAUCAGGCGCUUGGGGACAAGUAUCGGGAGUGGCAGGAGUCGUUUGGGUCGGCUUAA